AUGUCGACUACCACUACCACUACCACCACCACCACCACCACAACCACCGCAGACUACAUCCCCCGCGGCCCCGUGGAGGUCGAACUCAGCUUCUACGAACCCCCCGCCGAUGGCUCCAACCCCUACAACUACGUCGAGGAGCCCCCAGCUGGCGUCCCACGCACUAACUACGGCGAUGCCACGCACAAAGUGGGCCUAACCGACAUCCGCGGCCACGAAGCAGACUACACGCUCGACAAGCACGCCUUCCAAGUCCUGCAGCACAUCCCCACCGCGACCAGCUACACGACCUUCGACUCCGACGACGAGGUCAAGCGCCUCUACUACCCGGAAGUCACGCAGCUGCUGCUCACGCACGUCCCCGGCGCACGCCGCGUCAUCCUCUUCGACCACACCAUCCGGCGGCAAUCGCCCAGCGCGCCGCGCCAGCCCGUCAACAAAGCCCACGUCGACCAGACGCGGCGCGCCGCGCGCGAGCGCGUGCGCCUGCACCUCGCCGCCACGCACCCCGAGGAGGCGGACCGUGUGCUGCGCGGCGAGGAGCGCGCGCGCAUCAUCAACGUCUGGCGGCCGCUGAACGGCGCCGUGCAGUCCGCGCCGCUGGCGUUUGCGGCGGCGCCGUCGGUCGAUAACGAGGCCGAUCUGGUGGCUGUGGAGCAUCGGUAUCCUGGCCGCACUGGGGAGACCAUGGGUGUGCGGUAUAACCCGAAGCAGGAGUGGAUGUAUCUGUCGGGGGUGCAGGGCGAUGAGCGGUUGUUGCUCAAGUGCUCGGAUACCGAGCCCGGGGUUGCGGAGAGGGUGCCGCAUUCUGCGUUUUGGGAUCCGAGGACGCCGGAGGGGGCUAGGGCGAGGGAGAGUAUUGAGGUGAGGGCGUUGGUGUUGGGAUAG